UUGGAACUCCUCUGUCAGUGUCAAAAUGGCAUCUGGGAAUUCGGGGAUGCAAAACUUGAUCCCAAUUGUGAAUCGCCUGCAGGAUGCGUUUAGUGCGGUUGGACUCAGUGCAGUAAUUGAUCUUCCACAAAUAGCAGUCGUCGGAGGUCAAAGUGCUGGAAAAUCGAGUGUACUUGAAAACUUUGUAGGCAGAGAUUUUCUUCCUAGGGGAUGUGGCAUAGUCACGCGUCGACCGCUGAUAUUGCAGCUCAUGCAUGCUGAGACCGAGUAUGCUGAGUUCGGUCAUCAGCGUGGAAAGCGGUACUUCAAUUUUAACGAAGUUAGACAGGAGAUUGAAAAUGAAACAGAGCGUAUGACGGGAUCUAACAAAGGUAUAUCGCCUUUACCGAUAACAUUGCGGGUUUUUUCGCCAAAUGUACUCAACUUAACAUUGGUAGAUCUGCCUGGGUUGACAAAAGUUCCAGUAGGUGAUCAGCCUGCCGACAUUGAGACUCAAAUUCGUGACAUGAUUCUCCAGUUUAUUACUAAAGACAAUUGUCUUAUUCUGGCUGUAACACCCGCUAACUCCGAUCUUGCCAAUUCGGAUGCUUUGAAGUUAGCGAAAGAGACUGACCCCGAAGGAAUGCGAACAAUCGGGGUAAUAACUAAGAUUGAUCUCAUGGACGAAGGAACAAAUUGCAGGGAUAUAUUAGAGAACAAGCUGUAUCCUCUUAGACGUGGCUAUAUUGGGGUUAUAAAUAGAAGUCAAAAAGACAUCGACGGUCGAAAGGACAUCAGGGCAGCGCUUCAAUCGGAGAGACAGUUUUUUGUUGCCCAUCCAGCGUAUAGGCACCUUGUAGAUCGACUAGGUACGCCUUUCCUCCAGAAAACACUUAAUCAGCAGCUCACAAACCACAUUCGUGAUAAUUUGCCUCAGUUCAGAAGUAAAUUGCAGGGUCAAAUGCUGGAGCUAGAAAAGGCCUGUAGUGAAUUUAAGGACUACAGACCAGACGAUCCGGGCAGAAAGACCAAAGCUCUUCUGACGCUUGUUCAGCAAUUUAGCCAGGACUUCGAACAAUCAAUUGAAGGAAGCGGAGAAGAAGUUGAUGUACUUGAGCUGUCGGGUGGUGCCAAAAUAAACAGAAUAUUUCAUGAGCGGUUUCCUUAUGAGCUGCAAAAAUUAGACAUGAGUAUUGACAAAGAGCUGCGGCGUGAAAUUAUUCUGGCCAUUAGAAACAUUCGCGGUGUUAGAUCUGGAUUGUUCACGCCUGAUAUGGCCUUCGAGGCAGUUGUGAAGAAGAAGAUCAUGAAACUAAAGGAACCUGCCCUAAAAUGUGUGGAUCAGGUGGUAACUGAGCUCAAUCUGGUCGUCCGUAAAUGCGGAGAUAGAAUGAAUCAGUAUCCUCGUCUGAGAGAGGAAACUGAGCGGAUUCUCACGGCAAAAGUGAGAGAGCAAGAAAUGAAAGCGAAAGAUCAGUUGCUGCUUCAUUGUGAAAUUGAGCUGGCAUAUAUGAAUACUAACCACGAAGACUUCAUCGGAUUUCAGAAUGCAGCCAGCCCAAGUUCAGAUUCCGCUAAAGAUAAAAAUGUCAGUAACCAGAUGAUUCGAAAAGGCUACCUGACUCUAAACAUGGCACUUAUGAAGGGUCGAUCAAAGCCAUACUGGUUUGUAUUAACCUCUGAGUCUCUCUCAUGGUACACGAAACCAGACCAGAAGGAGAUGAAGUACCGCGUUAGUCUGGAGAACCUCCGAACUAAAGACAUAGAUAUGGGGUAUUUUUCGAAAAAAUAUGGCUUUUGUAUAUUCAACAGCAGUGGCGAGAAUGUGUUCAAAGAACACGAAAGACUAGAUCUCAGUUGUGAGACUGAAGACGAAAAGGAGGAUUGGAAAGCCUCGCUCCUAAGAGCUGGAGUAUACCCUGCUCGCGAAGAAGUUCCCGCUGAAGAAGUCGAAUCUGAGGUGUCCGUAGAUCCGCAACUCGACCGACAGGUGGAAAUAAUUAAAUCGUUGAUCGAAUCAUACAUGUCGAUUGUAAAGAAGAACACCCGAGAUAUCGUCCCAAAGACAGUCAUGUUCUAUUUAGUGAACAGUGUCAAAGACUAUCUCUCAGCUGAAAUGUUGGCUCAGCUGUACUCUCAUGGUAACCAGGACUCCCUAAUGGAGGAAUCUCCAGAAGAGACUAGGCGUCGCGAGGAGUUACUUAGAAUGUACAAUGCUACAAAGCAAGCUCUCUCAAUUAUCGGAGAUGUAGUUCUCUCAACCACCUCAACUCCUACACCAGCGCCAAUUCAAGACGAAUGGUUGCAGUCGAACGACUCUUCGCCUGGGUAUAACAAUAAUAAUUUAGGAACUCCAAAUGCCAUGGGACCUAGGUCCCUCUCUCCUGCUCCUGGGAACCGGAAGCCAAUGGGAGGUAGUAACUCCGGAUCCGUACAACCUCCGCCACGUCCGAACAUUCCACAGCGUCCCGGAUCGAUAUCGUCGAUUCCAAAUUCAGGACAGCAGCAGCAACCAAUGGUCCCUAGUAGACCAGGACAAGGUCAGGCACCGCCCAUGGUCCCGCAGCGACCUGGACCUGGAAAUACUGCAGGGGGUCAAAGAGUCUUGCCGCCACCGAUGGUCCCCCAACGACCGAAGUAACAAUAAGAAAAGUUUUAUCCGAAAUUGAAAUGAAAAUUGCAACCAAAACAUGUAAUCAACUUAGAUUCGAUUUAUACCUGUACCACAAUGUUAAAGGAUAAUGUCUCAAUUUUGAAUGAUAUGACCCUUAAAUCGCAUUGAUUCAUAUGUACUUCAGAUAUUAUCAAUCAUUUUUGCAUUGAAUAAUCAAACAUGACAUGGAUGUUGAAAACUGUGCUUGAUUUGAAAUGUUCCUAUCAGCCGCACUGUCCCCUCGAAGACUAUCUCCUGACGUUUUCACAGUUUUUCUCAAUUGCCUCGAAAUUGUAAACUGUUUAAAACCGUUUGAGUUGUACAAAAUUUUAAUAUCUGUAAACUAUUCAAUCCUUCUCAGUUAGCAUGGAAGGAUUUCUUAGCUGUAGAAUUGUAUCAGAAUAAUACCUUUGAUUGAGUUAUCAGUUCUCGAGGCAAGAAGAAAAAUGACUAGAGUCGCUUCAAACACGAUUUAAGUCAAAAUAUGGAGUUGAGGACUUAUCAUCGAUUCCGCUGAAAUUUGAUAGCUCAAUCACGGAGAUUGAAAGAUGCUACAUGGCAGAUAGAUAGAAUUUUCUUGUAUCUGGUGAAAUUUUUCCGAUUGUUUGAACUGAGCUUUAUUUAAAAUGAAUCGCGUUCAAUUUCCUUAUCCAAAAUUGUCACACACCUAUUUAUUAUUGCAGAGCAGCAGAUAACUUGUCAGUAUAUUAUGUAAUUAAAUCUCCUGCAACUGGAAUGACCAGCACACGCUUUUGCUAUUUAUCAUAUUUGUUGCAACCAUGGUUCUUUCUAAAGAAAGAUGACUCUUACGAAAGAAAAGAAUUAUCAAAAUUGUUUAUAUCAAUCUCAUUUAACAGAAAAAAUAUUUUUGAUUUAGAAAUUGUGCAUAAAAGAGCCCUGGAUUAAGUAUAGAUUUACCUGAGAUCCAUUAUGCUACUUCGAAAUUAAUAAUCAUUAUGCGAUAGAUUGGCAGUUUAGUCGAUUGU